UAAAAAGGUCAGCUCUCUUCAAGGGAAACUCAUCCUCACUCCUGAGUAGUGAAAGAGGCUUUCUUUCAGCAUAGCAGAAAGAUGACUCCUCCUGCACCUGCACUUCGGCUUCUUGCUUUAGCCCUUUUCUCAUUCAUGAUUGGCCAAGGCAUCAAUGCCAGAGAUUUGAAGGUAGAACUACAAGAUCAGAAACAAGUGGAUUCGAAUGGAGCCACCUCAGUAUCCAGUGAUGUGCCUUACAUUGCCGGGUACUUAACCACAACCACCAAACAACAUCACCAUCCAUCACACCAUGGAAACACCGAUCAACCUUACAUUACUGGAUACAAAACUACUACUCCUCCUGGUACCCGUGAAGCCAAUCAACCCAAUUACAUUGUUGGCUAUAAAUCUGGUAGCCAUGUUUCCAAUGAACCUUACAUAACUGGGUACAAAACUACUCCUGCUGGAACCAGUGAAGCCACCCCAGUAUCCAGUGAUGUGCCUUACAUUGCCGGGUACUUAACCACAACAAACAAACAACAUCACCACCCAUCACACCAUGGAACCACCGACCAAGCUUACAUUACUGGGUACAAAACUACUACUCCUCCUGGUACCCGUGAAGCCAAUCAACCCAAUUACAUUGUUGGCUAUAAAUCUGGAAGCCAUGUUUCCAAUGAACCUUACAUAACUGGGUACAAGACUACUCCUCCUGGUACCAGUGAAGCCAAUCAACCCAAUAGUGCUACAUACAGAGCCCAUUCUGGACCUGGUACUCAUGACCCAAAGGAUUCUGGUGAACCUUAUAUAACUCAAUAUGGUGACAAACCCCCCAAAGAAUCUACCUCAGCUCAGGAUUCAGUUGAACAAUAUCUAGCUGAAUAUGGUGACAAGACCCCAAAAGAAUCUACCUCAGACAAGGAUUCAGAUGAACAAUAUCUAACUCAAUAUGGUAACAAGACCCCAAAAGAAUCUACCUCAACCCAGGAUUCAGGUGAACAAUAUCUGACUCAAUAUGGUGAUGGGACCCAAAAAACUGACCCAAAGGUGUCUACUCAAGGUCAUGAAGAGAAAUCCAAAAACGUGGACCAUACAGAGGCUUUCAAGACUGGAUUUUUUGCUCUGGAUGAUCUUUAUGCAGGGAAUGUGAUGACCCUCCAAUUUCCUGUCCAAGAGAUUUCUCACUUCCUUUCUAGAAAGGAGACAAACUACAUUCCUUUCUCAAGUUCACAACUCCCCAGUGUUCUUCAGCUCUUCUCAAUCCCUGAGGAUUCUCCCAAGGCUAAAUCCAUGAGAGGAACACUUGGACAGUGUGAAGGAGAACCCAUCACAGGGGAGAGAAAGAUCUGUGCUACCUCUCUAGAGUCCAUGCUUGAAUUCGUUGACUCAGUCAUUGGUUCAAACACUGAGGGUGAUCUCCUCACAACCAGCCAUCCCUCACCCUCAGGUUCCCCUCUGCAGAAGUACACCAUUUUGGAAGUGUCACAAGAUAUUGAUGCUCCUAAAUGGGCAGCAUGCCACCCCCUCCCUUAUUCCUAUGCGGUUUACUAUUGCCACUAUAUAUCAACAGGGACCAAGGUGUUCAAGGUCUCACUAGGUGGUGAAAAUGGAGACAGAGUGGAAGCUCUUGGUGUUUGCCAUUUGGACACAUCUGAUUGGACUCCAAGUCACAUUAUCUUCAAGCAGCUUGGUAUUGAGGCUGGGAAGGCUCCAGUUUGCCACUUCUUCCCUAUAAAACAUCUCAUGUGGGUUGCCAAGCCUUCAAAAGCCACAAUGUGAAAAGAAGGGAUAUGUGUUGGGUAUGUGUAAUAAAGGUAUAUCCCAGUAGUCAGCUACAACAACAUGCUGAUGACCAUGUUCCUUGAGUACUUCCUUUCUCUUUGUAUGUCUUGUGUCCUGUUUUAUGUAUAAAUAAUAACAAUGUGGAAGGCACGAUAGGUAUUGAAAAGUGGAAAUACUUCCAUGUUAGUGUUUAUGUCUUUGCCUGAAGAGGAUUGCACAACACAACAUGAAUGGAAACAUGGUACUUGCAAUCUUAA